CACAUUCUCACUACUCUCAAAGUUUUCAUUUGCUUAGAUCUUUAUAUAGAGAGAUUUCAAGAAAAUCAAGAAAAUGAUCUCAGUAGUGAUUAUAACUGAGCUACUAGUUGAGUACACGACGGCUCUAGCUAAACUCACCGCCGGGAUUCUACCACGGCGUACCGGAGAUAGAAACGCCGUAAGGAUCGGUGGUUUCCUCCUUCCCUUACCACCUGCUUCCACCUCCACCAUUCCUGAUUUCUCUUCUCAUCUCGUCGACUUCUGAUUUUCUUUUCUUUUUGGUCUCAUUACUAAGUUUUUGACUUGUGAUCUCUAUGAUCUAAUCUAUGAGAAGCAGACGACUGAGAUUUUUUCCGAGUGUCUCGUCGUUGUCUUCAACCACAUAGAGCUUUUUUUUUGUAAAUCCGUAUCUAAUGUUAUAUAGAGAUGAUGAUAUCAUGGUUUUGAAAUACUUAUAGUUUCACCGGAGUCUUUUGUUUUUUUUUUUUCAAUGUAAUUUUGAGUUUUUGUAGUGUUUUAACAUUGUCGUUAAAGCCUAUGAUCCUGAUCGGUAAUUUCAUAAUUAGAUCUCUGUUCGAACAA